CUGGAAGCAACAAUUAACAGGCCUCAAUUUUUAUCUUCAAAUUUCGAAGUUUCUACCCUAGCUUCAACAGAGCAAAACUUUUCCGGAAGUGCACUCACAACCCAAGUACAGCAAAAUAUUACUGCUAGUGCUACUACUGAUUACUCCACUGCUUCUACUAUUCGUUCUCGGGAUCAACCUCGGAUCACUGGACCACCACUACGCAAGCCAUAUCUUCAAGCAAGUCCUAAAAAAAGCUAUAAAACUCGACCUGGUGCCGGUAUUUGUCCGGCGGGAAAUACUAUCGUUCGAGAACAAAAUACCAACUACUUAUUUGUCUGUGAUGAGAAAAAGCCAUUUUGUCCACCUCAAUCGUACUGUUUUAUAACUGCCCAUGCUGAUCAGGAAUAUAAUUGCUGCAAAGCCUGA